UAUGGUGAGAAACUGUAACACAUAUAUUGAUGACAUACAGUAUCUCGCACCCAUAAAAGACUGAAUGCAAAGCGAGAGUGACAGUGUUCCAUUAGCGGGCUGCAACUCUUUAAAGUGUGUUUUCCUAUGUUCCAUCUUCCCCGCUGUUAAGAUUCCCAACCAAAACCAGGAAAGACAAUGGCAGCCAUAGUAACAGGUCUCAUCCCCAUCCUGCGGACUGCAGUGGAUGCCACCGCCACCUACAAGGGCCGCUCGGUGUGGUUUGGCUUCUUGUGCAUCCGCCUGGUGAUCCUCUUCCUGGCCGAGCUGCCCUUCACCAAACUGGACGCUGACUUCACCUGCAACGGCACUAUUGGCAGCAUCUGCACCAAAGCCUGUUUUAAUAGACACUUCCACAAACCUAUGAUGGUGGCCUGGAACUUCAUCUUUGUCCUGGCCACCCUCUCUGUCCUGCUCAUGGAGCUGUUUGCCUCCCACCUGCGCUCCCUGGCCCAGAAGAGGAACUCUCAGGGGAAGACUGAUGUGGAGCUGGAGUCCCGGGGGAAGGAGGAGGCUCAGGUUGUGACCACAGACCCCGGGGGCAAGAUGAUCAUAGAUUUACACAGAAAUAGAGGCGCAGUAGGCUUCUACCUGCUCAGCGUCUGUCUGCGUAUUCUGAUCGAGGCCUGGUUUGUGUAUGUUCUGCUUUCUUGGAACUUGCCAGCACUGGAUAAUAGUCCAUUCAAAUGCUCGACAAACAUCUGCUCGGAGUUACAUGUUUGUGUUGUGAGGGCCGCCCCAGAGAAACGCAUGUCUAUUUAUGCUCUGGCUUCCAUCUCAGGCAUGAUCAUUGUUUGGUCAGUCUCAUUUUGUAUGUACUCCAUUGCUCACUACCUUUGCAAUUUCUGAAUAUUGGCACUUCUUCUUCAUUAUUCUGAUUUAGAAUAUAUAAAAUAUAUGAACACAUAUUUACUGUGUGACUAUACAUCUUUUGAUCCAGUGCAUAUAUUGUAUGUUUAUGUAAACUCAUGCUUAAACCCUCUGCUGUAUCGUCAAGUUUGGUUCAAACAAUUACAUUAUUAAAACACAAUGACAUAAUCAGAA